CGUGAAGUGCAAUACAGACGCCAUCUUGAGGAGAGUCCAAAAAAAAAAAAAAAAAAAAGCGCUUUGACAACAAUCUCAGCGCAUCAUGACGGUACUGAUCUCCGAGUAACCGAACACCACAUCGACUGUCGGGCUGCGGACGUCCACGGGACAGGAAAGGACUUGUCCGUCCAGAGUUGAGCGCUCCGGGGCCGAGAGGCUGCCCGAUGGCCGGCUAGCUGUUCUGUCCGCGGUGGCCUGUUCGGGAGGAGGAAGGGUGGUGACGGCGCAAAAUGCAUUGAAAAGACACUUAUCCUAUCCGGAGACUCUCUGCGAGUUGGGAAACCAGCACAAUGCACUUAUAGACUUUUUUUUAAGCUCAGUUUUUGUUUCUUGCGCAGCCUGAAUUCGCGACCAUGUCAUCCAACUGCACGAGCGCGGCGCCCGUUAGCGCUAGCAAAACCAAGACGAAAAAGAAGCAUUUUAUAGGCCAGAAAGUCAAACUUUUCCGAGCGAGCGAGCCCAUUCUCAGCGUUUUGAUGUGGGGUGUCAACCAUACGAUUAACGAGUUAGGUAAUGUGCCUGUACCAGUAAUGCUGAUGCCAGAUGACUUUAAAGCCUACAGUAAGAUCAAAGUGGACAACCACCUAUUUAACAAAGAAAACCUGCCUAGUCGCUUUAAGUUCAAAGAGUACUGUCCCAUGGUGUUCAGAAACCUGAGGGAGAGGUUCUGUAUUGAUGACCAGGACUACCAGAACUCUCUCACGAGGAGUGCCCCACUAAACUUCGACUCCCAGGGUCGCUUUGGCAACCGCUUCCUGUCUAGUUAUGACCAUCGUUUUGUAAUCAAGACUGUGUCCAGUGAGGACAUCGCUGAGAUGCACAACAUCUUAAAAAAGUACCACCAGUUUAUAGUGGAAUGUCACGGUAACACGCUGCUCCCGCAGUUCCUGGGCAUGUACAGGCUAACGGUGGACGGGGUGGAGACGUACAUGGUGGUCACCCGAAAUGUUUUCAGCCAUCGCCUCACCGUACACCGCAAAUACGACCUGAAGGGUUCUACAGUCUCGAGGGAAGCGAGCGACAAAGAGAAGGCUAAAGAACUCCCCACUUUCAAAGACAAUGACUUCCUGAAUGAAGGCCAGAAGCUGCAGAUCGGUGAUGACAAUAAAAAGUACUUUUUGGAGAAACUAAAACGUGACGUAGAGUUCCUGGCCACCCUGAAGAUCAUGGACUACAGCCUUCUGGUGGGUAUACAUGACGUGGAGCGGGCGGAACAAGAGGAGAUGGAUGUUGAGGGUGUGGGAGACGAGGAGGACUUUGAGAAUGACGGGAUGGGUGGAGGCGUGCUAACCGGGUCCUUCGGCACGCCGCCAGACAGCCCUGGAAACCCCCUCAAUUGCGGCAGCUUCUUCGGCCCUGGGGAGUUCGACCCCUCUGUGGAUGUUUACGCAAUCAAAAGCCACGACAGUGCUGUAAAAAAGGAGGUGUACUUCAUGGCCAUCAUCGACAUCCUCACGCACUACGACGCAAAGAAAAAAGCUGCACACGCUGCCAAAACUGUGAAACACGGGGCGGGAGCCGAGAUCUCAACGGUGAACCCGGAGCAGUACUCCAAAAGGUUCUACGAGUUCAUGUCAAAUAUCUUAACAUAGACUCGCCGUCGCUCCCAGUUCAGCCAGUUACAUUGUUUCAUAACGCACUUAUGCCCUCCCAUCUCCAUCACAACCCCAGCUGGAAGGACAAACAGAUGAACGUUGCUGUUCCAAUGACUGGCUUUUUUUCCAUCCUCUGCUUUGUAAAUGUCUUACAAGGGAAACUCGUGAAACCCCUCUUUAAUUUCUGAAUGGCAUCAUGAUAAUCCCUCCCCCCUGCCCCUGCCAGUACUCCUCACGCCAGCACGGGAACUGUCUCACUAUGCCUUCAACAAGUGUCAGCUUCAGCAGUUUAGGUCCGUUAGUACCGUCUCCUUUGUUUGUUAUUACGAUUUCUAUUACAGUAAACAUGCUAAUGUAAACAGCACAAAUUCGCACAGAUGCAGAAUGGUCAGAUUGCAUGACACUCUUGACUGUUGCCAACAGGCAAAAACAACAACAAAACAAAAAAGUUACAGCAAAAAAAAAAGCUAGCGCCGGCAAAGGGGAAUGACGGGUGAACACAUUAAAAAUAUAAUCGUGUAAUGAAUGCAAUAUCAAAAAUGCAUGGCAGAUGUGUACAUGAGACUCCUCCAGUACGUCAAACAUCAAACCACUGAACGCAUCAGUGUUAUGACUGCAAGAAAAAAAAAAGUUUGAAUGUUACGUUGCCAUAUUGUGACUAUUUUGAAAGUUUCAGUGAGCUUGGUGGAGGUUGGGGAAAAAAAUUGCAUUAAAACGGGGAAUUCUGCAGCAAAUACUUGUUUUAUUACCAUAAGGAUCAUUUUUAUAUCUUGUUUACAUCAAUGUAGCAAUUUUGUGUUUGUAUACAGUAUUGUUUUGUUACCGACAGACAUUAGAAAAAAAAUGUUACUUGAAAAUUAUUCAUUGCAUAUUAAAGGGAGUUUUAUCUUG